GCACCGCUGGAGCACCGCUGGAGCACCGCUGGAGCACCGCUGGAGCACCGCUGGAGCACCGCUGUACGCUGGAGGCCCGGCUGUACGCUGAAAGCAUCGCUGCGUGCACCGCUGCAUCUCUGCAAGCAUACUGAAAAGCAAUGGCAGCGCAGCGCUGGCCGCUGGCAAGGCGCAAGCUGCACGAUGAAUGCAUGUCAAGCUUUUUAAUAGGCAAUACGCAUGCGCGCCCGCUGCCCCAGACGAAUGGAGGACGACGCGUCCUCUACGCCUGCAGCGGCGACUGCCGCAACGCGUUGGCGACUGCUGCCGCAUGGGGCGGCGACGUCGAAAUAACCCUAAACGACGCGAACCCCUGCGUCGCCACGCGCAACGUCAUAUUAUUACGCCUGCUGCGAAAAGGCGAGACCGAGGCUGCGCGGCAGCUGUGGUCGGAUGCGUGGCUCGACGGCAAGAGCGCCGCGCUCGUCACGCGGGAGCUGCAGGCGAUCGCCCUGGGCGUGAACGACGACGCCGGCGUGCGCGUCCGCAAGGGCUCGCGCGCCGAAAUUCAACGCUGUGCCUCCGCCUGGCUCGACGAGCGCCUGGAUGCGACAGAGCACGAGCACGCCCGCGCCGCUGCGUUGGCCGUCGAAGGCGCCGGCGUCGGCCGCGGCGGGAGCAAAGCAUCUCAGGCUUGGUUCGCCUACGGCGUCGUGGGACCCGGCGGCAAGAAGCGGCGCAAGGGCGGCCGCCCGAAUACGACGCUGCUCGACGAGUCGGUGGUCGACGCGUCGUUGGCCUACCGCGAGACGCAGGGCCCCGCGCACGCCUUCGCGCGCUGCGCCGGGCUCGCGAUCGAGUCCGAGGCGUUCCUGAGCGUGUGCGUCGACGAGUUUGCGAAACUCGGCGCCGCGGCAGCGCGUGCUUCGUUUGUGAUCUCCUCCGUGGACGCGCUCAGGCGCCCUCCCGCGUUCCGGCGGCGCGGCUACGAUGCUGUCGACGCCUCGAAUACCGCGGACUACGCCGGUCUCUGGAACGUUUUAUUAGCGCUCGCGCCGUGCGUCGCUCCGGGCGGCCGGCUGCUAACCGAGCACGCGCUCACGCGGUGCGGCUCGCUGGACGCGCUCCUCGCUGAGGAGUGGCCGUUUGAUGGAUGGGCGCAGCGCAAAUUGUUGCGUGCCGUGGGGUGGGUCGGGAUCCCGGUCGCGGCGGAAGCCGGCGAGGAGGUGCUGCGGGUGGCGUGGGCGCGCGGCGCCCCUGAGUUCACGCCGGCGCCAGCAGCUCGCUUCCGCGCCAAGCGUGCGCGCCGCGACCGUCGCGACGACUUUCGUCGGAUUUUGGGGCAGCUGCUCGUGCGCUCUUUCCCUCUCCCGAUGGACCCGGAGCUUCGGGCGACUGCCGCGGCGCCGGUCGACGCGGGAUACGCCUUUCCGAAGACCACGAUCGCGACAGUCGUGGCCCUUGUCGCUGCGGCCGGCGAUGCCGCUGCCGGCGCGCUCGACGCCGUUGUGAGCGAGAUGGCGGAGCACCCGAUAGUGCGGAAUAUGGCGGCGCAGUUGCUGGUUGAGCUCGUUUUACAGCGCGGCUGGUGCAAGGCGGCGCCGCGCCUCGCGUUCGCAAGGUCGCUGCCGCCGGUAAGGUGCGUGCGAUGGAAUGUAGCUCCGAAAGCAGACUUGGCGGCGCCGCGCGGCGGCGUCCACGAGCCGGCGUUGGGCGCGCUGUUGCUCCGCGACGCGGCCGCCCUCGCCGCCGCUCAAAAGGCCGACGGCGCCUGGGAAGUCGACGAAGAGGGCGCGCGCGUGAGCUUGCUCUACGAGUUCUGCGAAGAGGCCGACGGCGCGGAGGUCCAGGUUCUAGAUCGGGUCUGCUUCCACGUUCCGUCGCGCACGCUCGAGCUCGCCCUGCCGGGCGGCCUACCUUUUCGCCAUGUGCUCUUGAUCGAUGUGCAGACGUUUGCCUCCGUUGCGGAGCCGCUCGACCUCGACGACGCCGCGGUUUAAUUAUUAUCUAUAGUUAGUACUUCGG